CAGUGGGGUUUGACAGUUAUUAGCUAACUAGCUGGCUUGCUAGUUAGCCAAAUCUAGCAGGUGGUCCAUCUAAAUAAGUGAAGCGCUCUGGAUGUGGGGGGGCAGAAACGAAAAUCUCAUCAAUCUUGUCUGCCAUUAUUUUUAACUGCUUUAUAUUCGGAGUCCAUGAAACCACCACACACGUUUGCACAUAACGGGAACCUUAUUGAUGGAAAAAAUAAUCACACCCAGAUGAGUGAACUCUCAAUAAACGAGUCAUCUAGUGAGUUAUCAAUCUCUCCAUUUUUUUUCUGUCACAAUGGUUGUGUUUUGAGAGACUGUGUUUGCCAAACCUAGAGGAAGAAAACGACAGUCUCCAUUCGAUGGUCGCCCCUGUCAUUCCGCAUAGCUGUCUUGGUCGCCCUGGUUGGAUCUAGCUAGAUUCAGUGGACAUUCGAUUUGUCUUUCCUAUCAAAUAAAAAAAGACGUUCCCACGGCAGGUGUUGUGUCCACCCAAGGUUGAAGAUGGCGGACCUCGAAGCAGUUCUCGCCGAUGUCAGCUAUUUGAUGGCGAUGGAGAAGAGCAAAUCUACUCCAGCGGCCCGGGCAAGCAAGAAAAUCAUACUGCCUGAACCCAGUAUUCGCAGUGUGAUGCAGAAGUACCUAGAGGAGAGAGAAGAGCUGACGUUUGACAAAAUCUUCAACCAGAAGAUUGGUUUUCUGCUGUUCAAAGAUUUCUGUUUGACUGAAAUCGACGAGGCCGUACCACAGCUCAAGUUCUACGAAGAGAUUAAGGACUACGAGAAGUUGGACUCUGAAGAGGAGAGGUUGUGCCGUAGCAGACAGAUCUAUGACGGCUACAUCAUGAAGGAACUCCUCUCCUGCUCACAUGCCUUCUCUAAGAAAGCGGUGGAUCACGUUCAGACCCACCUGGCCAAGAAGCAGGUGCCUCCCUCUCUCUUCCAGCCGUACAUCGUGGAGAUCUGUGACAGCCUGCGAGGGAUGAUCUUCCAGAAGUUCAUAGAGAGUGACAAGUUCACUCGUUUCUGCCAGUGGAAGAAUGUGGAGCUGAACAUCCAUUUGUCGAUGAAUGACUUCAGUGUCCACCGCAUCAUCGGACGGGGGGGUUUCGGGGAGGUGUACGGCUGCAGGAAGGCUGACACCGGCAAGAUGUAUGCCAUGAAGUGUUUGGAUAAGAAAAGGAUCAAGAUGAAGCAGGGGGAGACUCUGGCUCUGAACGAGAGAAUUAUGCUGUCACUUGUCAGCACAGGGGACUGUCCGUUCAUCGUGUGCAUGACGUACGCCUUCCACACACCAGACAAACUCUGCUUCAUUCUGGACCUGAUGAAUGGAGGGGACCUGCACUACCACCUGUCUCAGCACGGUGUGUUCAGUGAGAAGGAGAUGCGCUUCUACGCAGCAGAGAUCAUCCUGGGACUGGAACACAUGCACAACCGCUUUGUUGUCUACAGAGACCUCAAGCCUGCUAACAUCCUGUUGGAUGAGCAUGGUCACGUGCGUAUCUCAGACCUGGGUCUGGCCUGCGACUUCUCCAAGAAGAAGCCUCACGCCAGUGUUGGUACUCAUGGGUACAUGGCGCCGGAGGUGCUUCAGAAGGGGACGGCGUACGACAGCAGCGCCGACUGGUUCUCACUGGGCUGCAUGCUCUUCAAACUCCUCCGAGGGCACAGUCCCUUCAGACAGCACAAGACCAAAGACAAACACGAGAUUGACCGCAUGACGCUCACUAUGAACGUGGAGUUGCCAGACUCGUUCUCUGUGGAGCUGAAGGGUCUGUUGGAGGGUCUGCUGCAGAGAGACGUGGCCAAGAGACUGGGCUGCUUGGGACGAGGGGCCCCAGAGGUGAAGGAGCAUCUGUUCUUCAAAGGCAUCGACUGGCAGCAAGUGUAUCUUCAGAAGUAUUCUCCCCCUCUCAUCCCUCCAAGGGGAGAGGUAAAUGCAGCAGAUGCAUUUGACAUUGGCUCCUUUGACGAAGAGGACACCAAGGGUAUCAAGUUGUUGGACAGUGACCAGGAAUUGUACAAGAACUUCCCCCUGGUCAUCUCAGAGCGCUGGCAGCAGGAGGUGGCUGAGACGGUGUACGAGGCGGUCAACUCCGACACGGACAAGAACGAGGCCCGCAAGAGGACCAAGAACAAACAGCUGGGCCACGAGGAGGACUAUGCCCUGGGGAAGGACUGUAUAAUGCACGGCUACAUGUUGAAGCUGGGGAACCCGUUCCUGACGCAGUGGCAGCGCCGAUACUUCUACCUGUUCCCCAACCGAGUGGAGUGGAGGGGAGAGGGGGAGUCACGGCAAAACCUGCUGACGAUGGAGCAGAUCGUGACGGUGGAGGAGACGCAGAUAAAAGAUAAGAAGUGCAUCCUGCUGCGCAUCAAAGGGGGGAAGCAGUUUGUCCUGCAGUGUGAGAGUGACCCAGAGUUUGUCCAGUGGAAGAAAGAGCUGACCGAGGCGUUUACUGAGGCCCAGAAGCUGCUGCGUCGCGCCCCUAAGGUCAUCGGGAAGGGUCGGGCUGGGGGGGUGGAGCUCUCCAAACCUCCUCUCACACACCGCAACAGCAACGGCCUGUAGGCCGCACACACACACACCUACACACACCGCAUCCUAUAACCUCAUCCCCUAUGAACCCGCCCGCCACAGCCCCAAGUCCUAGACACACACACACACACACACACACACACACACACACACACACACACACACACACACACAUCCAAUAAAGCCCCACACUCUCACUCUGGAGUGUGUAUGGACCAAGCCUGCCAGCCUCUCUCCUCUGUUGUCACACACACACACCGAAAGGCAAAAACGUACCAUCGGACCAUGCGUGUACCUAAAGAGAACCAGAGCGCCCUCCCUCUCCGACCGCACCCUGGAGCGAUGCCACGCAUCCCUCUUCCUCUCGCCCCCCAAAUGGACCAGCAUUCCACACAGCCGACCUCACGCACACGAGUGCGCACACACCAACUGAACCCGGCAGAGCAGCAAACGCCAGUCCCGAGUAGGAGAGGGAAGACUGGGGCACCUGUCCCCACCUCGUCUUCUCUCCACCCGUCCCUCCCUCUGUCCCUCGUUCCCCCCAGCCUCGUCUUGAGACUGGACCCGAGCCACACGCACCUGCCGGGCCGCUCUCCACGGGAUUGGCUGGCUGUAGUGGAGGGGCGGGGACCUAAAGCAGGAAGUGAGUAUCUGGACCAAUGGCACCGCUUGGAGAGAGGGGCCGGACCAAUAACGUCCAUCUCCUGUGAGCUAAUGAAGAAGGGAAAGGAGAGACUGAGUGGAGAGGAGAAGUGGAAAGAUGGUGGGAGGAGGACAGGAAGCAGAGAGACCUGCCGGGACAAACCGAGAGAUUGGCAGUGACCUGCGCGUGUGUAAGUGUGUGUGUACGCUGUUGUCCCUGUGUGUUAGCUGUGAGUGUGUGUCCAGAGAUGGGGCCAUAGAGGUUGGCAGCAGGUUUCAUUCCUUCCACAGAGCACGAACGAAGGAGAGAAAGAUGACUGCUUUGACUUUUUGAAAAGACGUUUACCCUCUUCUCCUCCUCCAUCCCUCCCCUCCGUCUUCCCUCCAUCAGUGAAAUGCAUAAAGUGCCAAUGUCAAUAUUUUCUUGAGUCACCUAAGCAUCCAGGAGGACCCGUUUUGAAAGCAGACGUCCCCCGUGUCCCCCCCGGAUACGGAACUCUCUGGCACGGAACUCUCGUCGCCACGGACAAACCUCUCCGCUGCAGCUCGUGCAUGGCUCUUGGUAACCAUAUAGACUGGGGGGGGGGGGGGGGUUGUUUGCACCUGAAACUAUGGGAACCGGGGAUGGUGUGUACGAAGGCCAAGAUGUUCUCUGUGCAUCUCCUCCAGUCCUUUACUCCAGUACUGCUCUACCACACGUUUGCAUUCGUAUGUGAAUCUGUACUCUUCUCUUUAGGAAUGUUGGGGAGGGAGGGGGGAUCUUUCAUUCACCUGGCAGUAUGCGUACCUCAGAGCGGGGACUGUAUGUGAGUUUUGAACCCCAGCGGGGACGGAUACUUUGCUGUGUGAGAAGUUGUAAUUGUGUCAGGGCAGCUCUAAUGUGUACGUCGUAGUCUUGCAGCUAUCCAGAUGUAGAUCGCACACACACACACACACACACACACACACACAGAGGAUUGGCCAUAUAAGUAGGUCAGUGCAGGGAGAGAGGGAGAGGUGGUAGGUGACGCGGAACCCGAAUCUGUUAGUCCCCUUCAGUCCGGUUUGAACCUAUGGAUUGUUUCUGAAUGUGACCCAGAAUGGUAGACCCACAAUUCUCUCUGGCUUUAUAUAUUAGGAGAACCAGCUGUGCUGCUGUGGCUGCAGCCGUAACACGUCCGUUUAAGCGAAGGACAUGAAUGCGCAGCUGGUUGUAGAAAAGAGAGGAGAAAGGAUUUGUUCACUCAAUUUAAAUUUCUGGGUUUUUCUGGGGUCCCCCCCCCCUUUUCUUCCAUGCAGUAGAAGGUUCCUCGUCUGUGAUAUAUCCGUGCAUUUCCACAGCUGUGACCUACGUGUGGCUGGGGGGGUAGAGGAGGGUUUAUGUGUUGGGGGGGGGGUGUUGAUAUUCUUAGAGGCCUACACAGGUCAGUCAGGGGAAGUGAUGUCGUUUUAGAGAGAUACCUCUUCAGGGCGUUUUCUUUCUUUUUUUUACCAAAAUGAAUGGGUUUUGUCUCACCUUUUUAACCUAAUGUGUUACUCGAUGUUCAAUGUGCCAAAUACCUGUCACUGAUUGAUUCUGAUUGGCUGGGCUGACUGUUCUGGACCAAUGAGAAUCCUCCUAUCUGAACAGGCCCCUGCGGGGACGAACCCCUCAGCGCCAGCCUCUGGCCACACACACACUCUCUCUCUCUCUCUCUGUCAACCUUUUGAAUCUGAGGAGUGGGUCUUUUUUAAAGGGUACAAAACUGACCAAACUGGGGAUGUGGAAUAGAAGAGUGUGUGUGUUGUGUGUUGUGUGUGUGUGUGUCAGCAUGGAGUGAAUCUGGCUUUCAGCACCUCCACUUGUCACACACACACAGGGCUUGGUUGUAAUGGGUCUAUUCAGUGUGUGUGUUGUGUGUACAAGCAUGAGUGUGUGUGUGUGUGUGCGCUGCAUUCAAUCGCUUGUCAGUAUGUUUUAUUUAGUGGAGAUGUUUUUGUCGAACCUCUACACGCGCACACACAAGCUUGACAACAAAACAAGACAAUGAAAAGAGGCAGCAUAUAGGAAGGAGAAAAAAACUAACAAAAAAUUUAAGUAUAUAUAUAUAUAUAUAUAUGAAUGAAUAUAUGUGUGUAUAUUAAAUGACAAAUGCUCUAGGUUUAUUUAAGAAGAUUUCACGAUGUAGAGACGAUCUUCAGCUGAGGAUGCUCUGUGUGAGCGUCGGAGUUUUGAAGUGUGUAAAUCUGUUUGUGGUGAAAACUUUGGAUCUUGCACAUAAAGACUUUAGCUAUCGUAUCUUCAAAUUGCCCGAUUAUUUUUGUUUGAAUACCCGGACUCUUGCUCUUUCAUAUUUAUUGCGUGUUUUUUGGGGGGGGGGAAUAGCGGCCUCUGUCUACGAGCUCGCGCCAGGGGUCUCGCUAUAGAAUACUCCGGUUUACACACCACCAGACAAAUGAUUUGACACGUGCCACAAACAAACGCAAAUACUACUGGCUUUGGGUUACUAUUACCAUUAAAGUUUUGACGAUGAUGAUUACUGUUAUUGGUAAUAUUAUUAAAUGAUAAUUGUUAUUACAUUUUGUUUUAAUGAAUUUUGUUAUAUUGUUUUUAAGACCGCUAGGAGCAUAUGUGUUGGACUGCUUAUAUAAAACAGUUCAGAAAUAAAUACAUCAUUUUCUUUUGUCCGUG